AUGAAAAAUAUUUUAAAUCAAACGAUAGAUAAUGAUAAAAUAAAAAAUGGUGGAAUACGUUCACUUUGGGAAAAACGUAUUAUGGCUGAAACAAUUAAUAAAAAUGAAGAAAUACCAAAACAUAGCAAGAAUAAAAUAUUUCUUUUUCCACGUUGGAGAUCUGUUGACCCUAUGACAGCUUCUUUGGUUUUUUAA